AUGUUCACGGUUGGGUUGCUCCUGUCGCUCCUCCUCUUCAAACCGCUCGCCACUCUGGCAUGCUCGGUCACCGUCUCCUCGACUACAAUCUACACGUAUGCCACUCCAGCGACAACUCAGAGACCCACGCCAACGCCGACGUCGCGCACAACUGCAACAUGCGUAGCAGGCGUGUGCGAGUCUACGGGAUGUGUAUCCUCCACCGUGAUGGUCAGCUAUUUCGUCUGCGAGGACCACUGUCUGGCGAGGUGGACGUCGACUUCGACAUUCACCAGCUACGUGCCGGUUGCUACAAGUACGGUCGUAUGUGGUGCCAAGUAUCACCCCAGAGAUUACCUCUUUGGCGAUGACGCUAUGCUGGACAAGCGCUCUUCGUAUGUCCUCUUUCGCUCGUGCUUUUUCAAUCCAUAA